AUGGUCCACUGGCUCUUUUUCUUUGGGCCUGUGGGGAGGCAGAACAUCGUGGCAGGACGCCGAAGCUACAGCAUAAAUGGGCUGAAAGCGUGGCGCGUCUGGGGGGAAAACCGACCCAGGCUGGUCCUAGGUCGAGGCUGGGCCUACUUCGAUCAAGAGAGAAGUUUGCGCUCCUUGCAGAAGAGAAGGACCCUUGCAGGUUGGCUCCCCUCGGCCCCACCCCUGGGCGGCCGGGCCCAGCCUCCGGCGGGCCUUGGCAGAGGCGGUGCGGGGCUCUGGGUGCCGCCGCCCCACCUACGGGAGCCGGCACCUUGGCGCCACGCGAGCAGGGUGAGGCGGUGGCUCCCGUGGGCUCCGGGGCCGGCUCCAUUUGCUCCGCCCAGUCCAGCUCUGGCCGGCGGGGUCUGGCAAGAGGCGAGCGGCCUGCAGGGGGCGCUGCGUGCGGGCGGCCGGGCGCCCCCCGACCCGACUGCGUCCUGGGAACCUGCUCGCUGUGCGCUUCCACAGCCGGGCGGACCCGAAAACCUCUCCCUGAAGGAGGCGGGCCGGCUGCGCCCGGGGGAGGGUGAAGUCCUCCGGAAGGUGGCGGCCAGCGGCCUGAACGGGGCAGACCUGCCCCAGGUGAGGGGCAGAGACGGGCAAUAUGUGCCACCCCUGGGAACCAGCAGCAUUUUGGGACUUGAGGCAUCAGGACAUGUGGCAGAGCUGGGACCUGGCUGCCAGGGGCCGUGGAAAGUUGGAGACUCAGCCAUGGCUCUGCUGCAUGGUGGAGGCCGGGCUCAGUAGGUCUCCAUCCCCGAAGGGCUUCUCAUGCUCAUACCUGAGGGACUGAUGCUGCUCCAGGCUUCAGCCAUCCCAGAGGCCUGGCUCACUGCCUUCUAGCUGUUACAUCUCUUGGGAGAUGUUAAGGCUGGAGAGCCUGUGCUCAUCCAUGCAGGGUCAAGUGGGGUGGGCACACCUGCUGUCCAGCCGGCCCAGAGGGCUGGUGCGAUUCCUCUCAUCACAGCUGGCUCCCAGCACAAACUUCAGAUGGCAGAAAAUCUUGGAGCAGCUGCUGGAUUCAAUUACAAAGAAGAAGAUUUUUUUGAAGCAACGCUAAAAUUCAUCAAAGGACUCCCCAAACUACUUUUUAAACGAGGAAGGCUCAUCGCUAGUCCGCUGAGAUCCAGGGACCAAAAGUACAAGCAAAUGCUGGUGAAAGCUUUCACGGGGCAAAUUCUGCCACACUUCUCCAAGGAGGGCCCCCAACGCCUACUCCGUCUGGACAGCGUCUAGCUGGUGACUGAGGUCCGGGCGCCCCAUCAGCACACAGAGGCCAGCAGGAACGUGGGCAAAGCUGUCCCGGUGAAGGAGGAGGCGGUGCCACCCCAGGCCCUCCCAAAGCUGAGGGAGAGGACUCCACUCCACUCCCGGGUCCGCCUCGCCCACUGAUUACUGUAAAGGCCCUAAGUAAAUAAACAGCGGCCUUACAGGGCUGGGCGCACUGUGGGUGGCCCCAGCGCGGGGGUGGGGGGUGGGGCGGCGCCGUGGCCCGGGCGGCGGGAUUCGGGACGAUCGGCUGAGGCUCCACAUGCCCAAGGGUUCGGGGACGGUAGCGGUGUCAGCGCGACGCCUGCACCGGGACCCUGGAGGCCGGCCUUGCGCACGGGCCCUGUUACAGGGCCAGGCUCACCCUCGCGUCCCGGCACGUGGCCGCAGGCCC